GGCUCCAGUGAGCCGCCUAGUAACGGCCGCGUGGUAACCCCGGGUGGUGCACUCACCGCUUCUCCACGCAGCGGAUUGUGGCUCUUGGCGUUGGCAAGAUGAAGAUUGAGGAGGUGAAAAGCACCACGAAGACGCAGCGCAUCGCCUCCCACAGUCACGUGAAGGGGCUGGGGCUCGACGAGAGCGGCCUAGCCAAGCAGGCGGCCUCGGGGCUUGUGGGCCAGGAGAACGCUAGAGAGGCAUGUGGCGUCAUAGUAGAAUUAAUCAAAAGCAAGAAAAUGGCUGGAAGAGCUGUCUUGUUGGCAGGACCUCCUGGAACUGGCAAGACAGCCUUGGCUCUUGCUAUUGCUCAGGAGCUGGGCAGUAAAGUCCCUUUCUGCCCAAUGGUGGGCAGUGAAGUAUACUCAACUGAGAUCAAGAAGACAGAGGUGCUGAUGGAGAACUUCCGCAGGGCCAUUGGGCUGCGGAUAAAGGAAACCAAGGAGGUUUACGAAGGUGAGGUAACAGAGCUCACUCCCUGUGAGACAGAGAACCCCAUGGGGGGCUACGGCAAAACCAUCAGCCAUGUGAUCAUAGGGCUCAAGACUGCCAAAGGAACCAAACAGUUGAAGCUGGACCCUAGUAUUUUUGAAAGUUUGCAGAAAGAGCGAGUAGAGGCUGGAGAUGUGAUUUAUAUUGAAGCCAACAGUGGGGCUGUGAAGAGGCAGGGCAGGUGUGACACCUAUGCUACUGAGUUUGACCUUGAAGCCGAAGAGUAUGUGCCCUUGCCAAAGGGGGAUGUGCACAAGAAAAAGGAAAUCAUCCAGGAUGUGACCUUGCAUGACCUGGAUGUGGCCAAUGCACGGCCUCAGGGGGGACAAGAUAUCUUGUCCAUGAUGGGCCAGUUGAUGAAACCAAAAAAGACAGAGAUCACAGACAAACUGCGAGGGGAGAUCAACAAGGUGGUGAACAAGUACAUUGAUCAGGGCGUCGCGGAACUGGUUCCUGGAGUACUAUUUGUUGAUGAGGUCCACAUGCUGGACAUCGAGUGCUUUACCUACCUUCACCGAGCCCUGGAAUCUUCCAUUGCUCCCAUCGUCAUCUUUGCAUCCAACCGAGGCAACUGUGUCAUCAGGGGCACUGAGGAUGUCACCUCUCCACAUGGGAUCCCCCUUGACCUGCUGGACCGGGUGAUGAUCAUCAGGACCAUGCUGUAUACUCCACAGGAAAUGAAGCAGAUCAUUAAAAUCAGAGCUCAGACGGAGGGCAUCAACAUCAGUGAGGAGGCACUGAACCACCUGGGGGAGAUCGGCACCAAGACCACGCUACGGUAUUCUGUGCAGCUGCUGACUCCGGCCAACUUGCUGGCAAAGAUUAAUGGGAAGGACAGCAUUGAGAAGGAGCAUGUGGAGGAGAUCAGCGAGCUCUUCUAUGAUGCCAAGUCCUCAGCCAAGAUCCUGGCUGACCAGCAGGACAAGUACAUGAAGUAACAGGAGGUGCCAAGGUAUACCCAGAGGACAGACCCGACAGACCCUACACCAUGGGCAGGGACUCAUCUCUUAGGUUUGAUGUGCAGUGUUGUUGGCUCUUUGUGGAAAGCAUUUCUUUGUAAAUUAUCAAAUCCCCUGUGGUUCCUCAAAGGAACCCUUCCCCCACUUGGCAUGUUUUCUAAUAAAACUGGAUAGGUUAUUUUGAUGAUAA